AUGCCAUUCUCAGGCCACACCGAGACCGAUGACUGUCCCAAACCAACUAAAAGAUUAAGAUGGGCUACGCAAAGACUUAACAACAAAAACGGCGGCCGAAAGCGUGGCUCAAUCAUCGGUCGUUUAGUUCAUCGAAACUCGCAGCAUAAUGAGAAAAGGGACUCGAUAAGUCCGGACUUCACUGGUACAGAUCUACAGGAUAUUGAAGAACAAGGGGGUCCAGAUGAAGAUUCGAUGGAGGUUACAGAAGGGCUACCAAGACAGGGUGAGGGUCCGAGAAAGAUAUAUUUCAACCUUCAUCUGCCCCCAGAUGCUCUUGAUGAAGAGGGUCUACCUCGAGUUCAAUAUCGGAGAAACAAAAUACGGACUGCCAAGUACACACCAAUCAGCUUUAUCCCAAAGAACGUCUGGUUUCAGUUCCACAAUGUUGCAAACGUUUACUUCUUGUUCUUGAUAAUACUUGCCUUUUUCAGCAUUUUUGGUGCAUCAAACCCUGGCUUAAAUGCCGUCCCACUGAUAAUAAUUGUUUUCAUCACUGCUGUAAAAGAUGCUGUAGAGGAUUAUCGGCGAACCAUACUUGAUAACGAAUUAAAUAAUUCUCCGGUUCAUAGGCUUAUGAAUUGGAAAAAUGUCAAUGUAGAUGCUGACGAUGUGUCUCUAUGGAGGAGGAUCAAGAAGUCAACCACUCACUUUCUAGUCGAUAUGCUACGAAGAAUCAAGAAAAGCGGUACGGCACCUUUGAUAAAAUCAGGACAACAGACAGUGGAAGGGCCCCGAAUGUCGUACGAAACGGAGAUUAUUCGGAACUCUUCUAUUUAUUCAGUUAGCAGCCCAAGGAAAUCGGUCAACUUGGCCCAAGAAAAUAUACAGAUGACGCCUGUUCCCUCACCUCUACCACAUCCAAAUAGACUUCGAGUACCGGAAUCUUCAGACCGACCGCAUACAGCUUUCUCCUACGAAGGUGGAGAUAGCUUACCUGCACAGAAAGUAGGCACUCUAAUUAAUACUAACCGACUGGUAACUGGAAAUGCCAGAUUCCAUCGAGAUUACUGGAAAAAUGUAAAAGUCGGUGACUUUGUUCGAUUAUACAAUAAUGAUCAAAUACCGGCCGACAUUGUUAUCUUGUCUACUUCUGAUCCUGAUGGAGCAUGCUAUGUGGAAACCAAGAACUUAGACGGUGAAACAAACUUGAAGGUGCGGCAUGCGCUACGCAGUGGUAGAAAGGUUACACACGCCCGAGACUGUGAGAGAACUGAGUUUAGUAUCGAGAGCGAAGCGCCCCAAGCAAACUUGUACCAGUACAGUGGUGCAGCUCACUGGAUCCAGACUCCCUUGAAUACAAACUCUCAAGGAACCAACAUGUCUGAGCCUAUAUCUAUAAGCAAUAUGCUCUUGCGAGGCUGUAAUCUUCGAAAUACUGACUGGGUUCUGGGUGUCGUCAUAUUUACUGGAUUCGAUACGAAAAUUAUGAUGAACUCUGGAAUCACUCCAAGCAAGCGAUCAAGGAUUGUUAGAGAGCUUAAUUGGAACGUCAUCUACAAUUUUGUGAUCCUGUUAUUGAUGUGCCUCGUUGCAGGGGUAAUUCAGGGUGUUACCUGGGCACAAGGUCGCAAUUCACUCAAUUAUUUCGAGGGUAAAUCUAUUGGAGGUAAACCUUCAUUAAAUGGCUUCAUUACUUUCUGGGCCGCUGUUAUAUUAUUCCAGAAUAUGGUUCCUAUUUCUCUCUACAUUACUCUGGAAAUAAUUAAGACGUGCCAGGCUUUUUUCAUCUACAGUGAUACUGAAAUGUACUACGCAAAGCUUGAUUAUCCUUGUACCCCCAAGUCAUGGAGUAUAUCUGAUGAUCUAGGUCAAAUUGAGUAUAUUUUUUCCGACAAGACCGGCACUUUAACUCAAAACGUCAUGGAAUUUAAGAAGGCGACAGUCAAUGGAAUUCCAUACGGUGAAGCCUAUACUGAAGCCCAGGCUGGUAUGCGGAAACGCCAAGGAAUUGACGUUGCUAAAGAGUACGCAAGUGCCCAAGAGCAAAUAGCGCUUGCUCGUACGGCAAUGCUUGCUGGUAUCCGAAAGAUCCACAAUAACCCGUACCUCCAUGACGACGAACUAACGUUUAUCGCUCCUGACUUUAUAUCUGAUCUAGCUGGAGAGGCUUCACAAGAACAGAAGCAAGCGAAUGAGGGGUUUAUGCUAGCUCUCGCACUAUGCCACACUGUUAUCUCGGAUACUAUUCCUGGUGAUAGACCAAGAAUUGAAUUUAAAGCACAAUCUCCUGAUGAAGCUGCAUUGGUUUCAACUGCUCGUGACUGUGGAUUCACUGUUCUCGGAAACUCUUCAGAUAGUAUCCGCUUGAAUGUCCAAGGGGAAGAACGUUCUUACAAGGUUCUAAACACUCUCGAAUUCAAUUCGACUCGGAAAAGAAUGAGUGCGAUUAUAAGGAUGCCUGACAAUAAGAUUAUACUAUUUUGUAAAGGCGCUGAUAGCGUGAUUUAUUCUCGCCUAAAGCGUGGCGAGCAAGCUGAGUUGCGGAAAACUACAGCCGAACACUUGGAAAUGUUCGCCCGCGAAGGCCUGCGCACUCUGUGUGUUGCUCAGAAAGAACUUAGUGAAGAACAGUAUCUGGAAUGGAAUAAAGAACACGAGAUGGCUGCGGCAGCAAUUCAUGAUCGGGAAGACAAAAUGGAGGAAGUUGCAGAUGUGAUUGAGCGUGACCUAACGUUAUUAGGAGGUACAGCUAUCGAAGAUCGAUUGCAAGAAGGUGUGCCUGAUACCAUAGCACUACUUGCUGAAGCUGGCAUUAAACUUUGGGUUCUCACUGGUGACAAAGUAGAGACUGCUAUAAAUAUCGGAUUUUCAUGCAAUCUCCUAAACAACGAUAUGGAACUUUUAAUUCUAAAAGUUGAUGACGAACAGAUUUCUUCGGCCCAAAUUGAGCUUGAUCGGCUUCUAGCGCUAUUCAACAUGACAGGAUCCAAUAUAGAGCUUGCAGCUGCCAAGAAGAACCACGAGCCACCCGCCACAACACACGCUCUCGUGAUUGAUGGUGAUGCUCUGAAAACAGUACUCCACGAGCAAGUCCGUCAAAAAUUUCUGCUUCUCUGCAAACAGUGUAAAUCUGUGCUUUGUUGCCGUGUCAGUCCAGCCCAAAAAGCCGCAGUGGUCUCCAUGGUAAAACAAGGGUUAGAUGUAAUGACACUUUCCGUUGGAGAUGGUGCCAAUGAUGUCGCUAUGAUCCAAGAGGCAGAUGUUGGUGUUGGGAUAGCUGGUGAAGAAGGGCGUCAAGCUGUAAUGUCGGCUGAUUACGCCAUCGGACAGUUCCGUUUUCUACAACGGCUGAUCCUUGUACACGGCAGAUGGUCAUAUCGAAGGCUGGGUGAGACAAUCGCCAACUUUUUCUACAAAAACAUUGUUUGGACCUUCACCAUUUUUUGGUACCAAUUGUUUUGUUCUUUUGACAUGACGUACCUAUAUGACUACACAUAUAUUCUCCUCUUCAAUUUAGCUUUCACUUCGGUACCAGUGAUAUUUAUGGGAGUUUUAGACCAGGACGUUAGCGACAAGGUAUCCCUCCAUGUACCCCAACUUUAUCGCAGAGGUAUCGAGAGGUUAGAGUGGACGCAGACAAAGUUCUGGCUUUAUAUGCUGGAUGGUCUCUAUCAAUCUAUUAUCUGCUUCUUUAUGGCUUACUUUUUGUUUGCUCCUGCAAACUUUGUUACACACAACGGUCUCAGCAUUGAUGAUAGAGAACGAUUUGGCGUAUUUAUUGGCCCUGCAGCAGUUGUUGUCAUCAACACAUAUAUAUUGUUGAAUACGUAUCGAUGGGAUUGGCUUAUGGUUACUCUCGUCAUUGUGAGUAGCCUACUUGUAUGGUUUUGGACAGGGGUCUAUUCAGCGUUCAAGCUCUCUGGUUUUUUUUUCAAAGCUGCCACUGAAACAUUCAGCCAGCCAACUUUCUGGGCUGUCACUAUCCUCUCAAUAAUCCUAGCUCUUUUGCCUCGAUUCUGCAUCAAGACUGUUCAAAAGACAUACUUCCCCUACGAUGUUGAUAUCAUUCGCGAGCAAGUUCGCCAAGGAAAGUUUGAUUUUCUUAAUCACCCUAACAGAACCGAGACCAGAUUUUUCGGAGGAUCAUUUACACCCACAAUCAACUCUGAACACGUAUCAGCUCCGUCACAUAAUUUUGACGAAGAUAGGCGUCCUAUAUAUCCCCCUUCAGUUGCACCAACGUCUACGACUCACAACACUCGAAGUGGCAGUGAUGGAACUGAUUGUACACGACAUCGAGUAUCAUUAGAAGUACCUUCCAGGCUCUCCAUAGAAAGACCAAGGCCUUCCUUUGACCGAAUGCGGGUAAGCUUGGAUAAAAUUCGACCAAGCUACGAGGCUAGUAACGACUUUACAUCUGCAGCCCGCUUAGCACGCCUAGAGUCAUGUCACUCCAUUAACCUUCCACGUAGGAGAGAACAUAUCAGUAACCCACCAUAA